CCCAGCGCUGGCGGCCGGCGUCCCGGAGGAGCGGGGAGGGCGAUGGGGGCCCGCCUGGUCCGCGGCCUCCGCGGCUUCAACGUGGAGCAGCGGGCGGCCCGGGAGCUGGCCGGGGACAAGCCCCGCGCCGCCCCCUCGCACCCCAGCGCCCGGAUCCUCCUGGCCGACCAGCUGCGCCGCCACCCAGAAAUUCGAGAAGAGGUCACCAGAAAGGACGCCAAGCUCCUGACGCUGUUAAAAGAAGUUUACGUCGACUCCCGUGAGCCUGGUCUUCAGAGGCAGGAGACCACGGGCCAGACUCCGCCGGGGAUAGCGAGAAACCCGGGGGUCCGACCGCCGAAGGGAAAUCAUCUGAACCUUUCGGAAGUCCGGAACGUUCCCGAAGGCAAGAUUUCGGUGGUGGAGGCCCUGACGAUCCUCAAUAACCACAAGCUCCGUCCGGAAACGUGGACUGCCGAGAAGAUCGCUCGGGAGUAUCACCUGGAGCCGGGAGAGGCGGAGUCCCUUCUCAGAUUCUUCGUCGUCUUCGAUAUGGAGAUCUUCUCCCCGGAUGGGGAACCUAGGGAAGCGAUAGGAGCUAAAUGAAAGGGACCGACUCCUCAAAGACCCCCGGUUCCUCCCCCGCGCCGUCCUCGGGUCGCGCGAUCGUACGACUGCGUCGACGGAGAGCCUCGGGCCGUCCGUCUUCCCCCCCCCCGGCCCCCCCCCCGAGGGAAGCCUGGCGACUGGCGCGCGCCGGUCACCGGGAACUCCGGACGCGUCGGCAGGGAGGACUCCGCACGGGGCAUUUUGCCAUUCCGGCCCGGCGGAGCGUGCGACUGGGCGCAAACGCUUCCGAUCGCCUGGACGGAUUUCUUCGAUCCUACGUCUCUAUACAAUAAUAAAAAAAGAUCCGUCCUCUGAGA